AUGGAUCCGCAUCUGCCACACACCCUUCCGCCCUCAAUUGGUGGAGAAUCGAAACCUCUUGGAGGUGGUGUUUUUACCAGGCGCCCGGCGGCUGGGGCAUUUGACUCUAUUGGACAAAAUUUCAAGUUUGCUCCUCCCGCAAGGAAGGAGGGUAUUUAUCUCCACCCCCCGUGACAAUAUUGCCCCUGCUUACGACACAUUUAGCAUCCAGUUCCCUUUCCCUAAACACCGAGAGAGAUGGAUUUAAUGGUAACCAUAUAACUCCCGUGUUUGCAAAGUUACUAAUUGUUUAGCUUUAAAAUUGAGCUCUCCGUUUGUUCCAUCAGCUUCCGGGCCACUCAACCCUGGCCUUGCAAGUGGUAACAGAAAGAGGCCAUUUGAAACAAAGGACGGUGGAUUUCCCAUCCCCGGGACGAGCAGGCCUGCAAAGAGGGAGAGGAUCGCCGCUAGAUCAGGCAAUUCUUCAGCGAAGCCCGCAGUCAUCGUCCUGGACGAUGACGAUAAUGAGGCAGAAAACAAAUAUCCCGCGCUCGUGGCCGCUCCAGAAAAUGGAAAUUCCAAUAAGGCCCCUGUUUCCGGUACGCACAGUGGUGCAGCGCAAGGGGGUAAAGUUUUGAGAUCCGGGGAAGAUGGCUCCCGUGCAAGAAAAAGAUCCAGCGAGUUUCCUUCUGCGGGCUCUGAUUCUUCAGCCCAGUCCUCUCAAGCCAGCGGGCGAACUGUACUUCCUCAUGACCGGAAUUUGGGAAGGCGCCAUUACCAUCACCCGGCUUCCGCAGCAGGUAAAGACAAACCGGAUCCCCCAAUUCCUACUACACCGAAUUUUAGCGAUGCCCUCGAUUGGAACCGAAGCCAGCGCAAUCUUUUGAUAGCAAUGAACAGCCUUUCGGCAGAAAAGGAGUCUCUUGAAAAAGAGCUGACAGCAAAGGAUCUAGCUCUCGAAGCAGAGCAUCGCCUUGCCGAGGCCGAGAGAGAGAGGGGGGCACAGCUUGAGAUCAAGAUCGCAAAAGAUACCAAGAAAAUCUCCACCAUUAAAGAAAAAGUUGAUGGUCUGCACAAGUUUUUCAACGGUAUGGGGUGCGAUUAUAAAGUUUUACAAGAAAAGUACACAAAGCUAAAUGCUCUAUUCACCGAGGCCUGCAAAGAGAAAGGGAAUAUACAGAGUGAUCACGAGGAGAUUAGGCUAGUAGUUCAAAGGCUCGAGAAGGAGAACAGUGAGCUUUUAGAAUCGAUAUCCCACACAAAAGAGAAGCUAUUCAAGUUUGAAAAACGCAUGUCCCACCCGCCUGCACCGCCACAACACUAUGCUAACUAGUAUAUAGUGAACGAAGCCAACGUUUAUCUACAACAACAACUUUCCGAGAAUGCGGGACUUCUGGCUGCCGAGAGGGACAGAGUGCAAACGUUAGAGUUACAAGCCCGUGAAGACCUGAACUAUUUUCGUCAUGAAAUCGAGCAGAGACAAAUUAUGUUUGACAUCACACGGAAAAAUCUCACAGAUUUUGAAAAACAACUUUCUGAAGUCGAUAAUAUAGGUCGAGCUAUCGGGACAAUUAAGGAGUCUAACUCAAAAAUCGCGGAACAGCUUAUUCAAAACUUGUCAACCAAAUAUGUACAACUUGAGACUAACUUGAGCAUCCGCGUGCACGAUAUUAAAAGCGUGAUUGAGGAUGCUGUGAGUAAAUGUUUGGAGAACUCUGAGCAGAGGUGUGCAAACUCAUCACGCCAUCUCGAGUUAUAUUUCGCAGCUGACAUAGACAAGGUUGAACGGAUUGGCUUCAAUUUUUGAAAAGAUAGAUAUGCGGUCAGAUUACCAGAAAAUGGUGAAUGAAUGUAAGAAAUUCUUUGAUGAGUAAGGCGCGAAUUCUCUCCCAACGAGUAUUAGAUCAGCUAACAGAUGCCAGCAUUGUAAAAAUAUCCACUCAAACCCAUAAAAUUACCUCUGAUUCGGCUAGCUUUGGGAGUGAAUUUGUUGAACACCUUAAUUCCCAAAUCCGUCACUUGGAAGGUCAACUCGAAGAAUUGCGGAAGUGUCGCAGAAUCGAUCUCGCCAAGCUCACUCAGAGAGAAGCGGAACUGAAUGGUUUAAAGCAUGAAAUUGAGGAAAAGCAGAGCGAGGGGCUCCUCUGCACCAGGCUAGAAACUCUCCUACAGGGCGGGUAGUUACCAUUAGCCACUUCUUUGAUAGACCUUCCCUUCUAACUCGUCACCCAGGAAUGCUCUCUUGAGCGAGAAAAUUGCGUCUCUCGGUUCAAACAUCCAGAAUGGAUUAGGAGAUAGUUCAAUUGUCGCCCUCAAGCAGGAGGUUUCUGAGCUAAAUGGGAAGCUUGAGCAGAUUACAAGAAGCUUCCAUGAUCACCUGUCAGAGAAAAACAGAGAGAUCUCUCGACUGGAAUCUCAAGCUAGAAGUUUGGAUCUUGUUUACUCAGAGGCGCGCAAGAAGAUUGCAAACUUUGAUAAGGAAAAGACCGAGUAUAUGUCCCUUCUUGGAAGCCAGAGGUUGCAGGAGCGUAUAGAGCUAGAAAACGCAGCCAAUAGUCUCAGACUUUCAGAAACAUCCAGUCUCAAUAAUAGAAUCAGAUCUUUGGAGGUGCAGAAGGAGAGGCUUGAGGCUGCCAACACACUACUUGAAGAGAGGCUUCAGACGAAGGCCCCAAAAGAUUUGGUACGCUUAAUUGAUCCCCCCCGCCGCUCAACCCUUUGCUGGAGUCGUUUUGACAAUAAAACUAUAGUCAGGACAAGAGAAAUUACGGACAGCGGUAUGGAAUGACGACCCCUAUAUCAAGAAAUAAUGAUUUCCUGACAAAAACUAGGCACCCGAUUUAGAGAGGAUCAAUUCAGAAACUGUAAGCAAAUGCAACAAUCUAGAGCGAGAAUUACGUGAGCUCACCUUUCAGUCCUCCAUGGAGCGUACUCUGGCAGAUGCGAAAUGCCAGCAACUUUCCACCGAGUCGGAACUUCGACAGCAGGUCGAAGAUUUACAAACCAAUUUAAUAUCCUCAAAUCAAGAGUUAAUCGAUGCACAGGCUAGAAGCAAAGUGUUUCGUCAGAAUCUUCGAGACGCGAUGCAAACACUUGAGACCAGUCAAGCCACCCUGAAUAGGGUGAUUUUGGUCACGAUUCAGGGUCGUAGUGAAAAUAAGUCAUUGGCUGUAAGGCUAAGAAAUCUAGAAGAUGUGAAUCAAAGACUCCUUGGCAAGGGUGGAGUAACGACAAAUCCCGCAUCCGGACAGUUAGAACAGCCGCGCAACGCUUUAUCUCAGUCACAGCCGCCCCACAAAAGCGGAGCUACCAGGAAGAGUGGCAAGGUAAUGUUUGCUUUCCGGUUAUUGAAUACAGCUAAUAGUUUUUAAAAGGACAAAAACUUUGAAACGCCAAUAAUGAGUCUGACUAGCAUUAGCGAUGCGCCCGAAUUCCAGCGCGAGGAACCCAGCGGCGAUGAGGAGGUGGAUUACCAAAGAUUGGCAGCCGAAAUUCUACACACUAAUGAUAGGGCGCGGGUUAAUAGGAGCACUACCAGCAUUGAGUCUCUCGUCAAGCCAAUCGCCCCCCGUUCCAAGCCCAGGGAAUCCCAGGUUGGUCCCGGCGACUCAGGGAAGAGAUAUAACCAAGCAUUGAAAACCUUAUCCUCUUCAGCCCGCAAGGCACCAGCUACUAAGACCAUGAUUACGGAAGAUUCGCAAAAUUCUGAUGAGGAGAAAUACUGGGCCCUGCCACCAAUGUCCUCACCACAAUUCCAUCUUUCUCCAGCUAAUCCCAACGUUGAUGGCCCUAGCAAGCUCAAUUCAGGAGAGUCUCGAUGGGGUACCUUGAACCGCCAGUUCCAGUCGGGCCAGCCUCCUCAAGUUGCGGAAAAGACUAAGGUAUCUUCCGGACACCGUUCUGAGGCCCUGGGCCAUGAGACGGGGAAGCAGACCAAGCCUAAACUGGUCCGCCAUAGGAACAAGAAAGUCAGGGACGAGGAUGCGAUGACCGAAGAAUCCACAAAGGAACAAGAGAGCGGAGGAAAGGGUACAGGAGCCCAUAGCUCUGGCUCUUUCAAGGCUGCUCAAAAGAAAAAGAGGGCUUCAAAGAAGCACUAG